AUGGCAACCGCACUCCAAAGCCCUAGAGCACUCUGCUCCCCGGAUUCUCGCAUUUCUAUCACCAACUAUUGCACCGUCCUUGAUAUCUUCCAAGCUCAUCUAUAUGAUGUAUGGCCAAUCAUCGACGCAGAUGAUCUCAAAUUGCAGUUAAGUGGCGACCAAACAAUUGACCCCAGUUCUCACGCCCUGGCAGCUGCCUUGUGUGCUGCAACGUUGGCACAAACCCGACUCUGGCUUACACAAGAUCCAUGCCCCGAGGGUCUUGCUGUGACAGCCCACGAAUUCGCAAAGGAAUGUCUGCGAGUUCGAUUGGAGCACAGCUACAACCAAGCACCAUCACUCCAAGCUCUUGUGACAUCAAUUUUCCUUCACAUGUACUAUGCCAAUCAAGACCAGAUCACACCAGCUACCAUCUCCCUUCGCGAAGCUAUCACAUAUGCGGACUUAAUGCACCUGUGUCGUCAUGUAUCGCCUGAUGCGAUAAUAUCAAAAAAAUGGCAAUUAGAGCUCCGAUGCUACUGGGUACUUUUCAUCACGGAGAGGACCUUCUGCAUCCAGCAUGACCUUCCAAUUACCCUCUAUAGGACACCCAAUCUUCCCGAAGUGGAGCACAAUAGCCCCAAAGGGGAUCUCUAUGCAGGCUUUUGCACGCUCGUCCAGCUGUUCCAUCACAUUCAACACCCUCUAGCCCUCCCUGCAUCUAGCAACAAAGCUAUUGAAGCACCAGAAACGUACUCUAAAAAUGCAAUAUCGGAGAUUCAACAUCUGAUUGAGGUCAAACAGCCCGGACUAGAGCUGAAAUCCGAAAUUCAAUAUGUGGAUAUCCUGACUACUUCUGCAUGGAUGCGCUCUUUACUCUGGCAAUAUUCUGCCUCGCACUUUAUGCUUUCAUCGGCGACCUCAAUCGAGCCCUUGUCAUUUGACUACCCGCUCUCAAUUGCCAAAGACUAUUUGGCAUCUAUAUCCCAUGUAUCAAUUGAGUCAGUGCGCAGCCAUGGAUAUGGAAUGGAGAUCAAGCUACUUCAAGUUGCAAAUCCUAUAUUAGAUUUGGUGCUAUGUAUGCCAAAUCUGCUUACUUACAAGACAUCUCACUUUGGUCCACUAGAUGCUGUUAUUGCCAUUGAACAGCUUCUUUCAAAGGUUGGAGGUUCAAAAUCGGAAAGACUGUCUCAGUUACAUCAGCGGUUAAGGCAAGUACCCUCCUCUAUGGUUGAUAUGCAAUUGAUGUUAGAAUUUCCCAAGGAAGAGGAGGAGCUGGAGGAAAGUCUUGCUUAG